AUGUACUGGUGUUGGAUCUACUUUGCUAAGAGUAUAAUAAGCUCCUCCCCACCUGCUUCUCAGUCUACCCUGGUGCAAUUUGAAAACGGGUCCAUUUUGUUCAUCUCCCGCUGUCUAACCUCGAACACGGCCGUUGCUCACCGGCUCUUAACCGUGUUGUUUCAAAUACCCGCUAAAACCUUAGAGCGCGCGCCGCACACGUUGCUUAAAGAACGAGCGCGCUCACCAUCAGUUAUUUCCGCGCGCGUGUGCUUCAAAGACCGUGCGCGGUGCGCGCGCUCCAGUUUGGAUCGCGCGUUUAUUCCAUGCACAAGUGAAAUGCUGAUCCAGGUAAAGUAUGGUGACCGGCACAAGUAUGUGAAAUUGGAUGAGGCUGAGGGGCAGUUCGACUUUCAUCAGUUCCAUGAGAAAGUCUUGGAAAGAUUUUGCCUGCCACCUGAUGCAAGCAUUACAUACAAGGAUGCAACAGGAACUGAAGUUGAUGGAGAAAUAAUCAGUGACCUCAUUAUACCAGGCAAUGUGCUGCUGAUAGUCUUGUGCAAUGAAGAAUUGUCUGAAUCAAGUUCCAGCUCCAAUGCAUCAACAUCAACACUAUUGAUGGAUGAGAUCCCACGCAAGAAGCAAAAAACUGAGAGUGCUAAUAUUGCUGUGUCAGCUAAAAAGCUGGUUGAAGGUGUCCUACGAAGCAAGUCUUGCGGUGAAGAAGUACUGCAGGAGUAUGAAACAACUGAAACCUUAACUGAUGCCACAAGAAGACAAAUGGUGAACAUAUUAGUGGCUCACAUGAUUGAUAAACAUGGGCACCUCCCUACUAAAGCAAUCCGAGAGGAGUAUGCCCUGGGGAUUGUGACACUCUUCCCAUCCCUCAAGGAUCCAUAUACCAAGAAAGGCUAUGUUGAACAGGACUUCAGUCUUCUGUUUAAUGAAGACACCUCCUCCAGACUGUUGCAGAAGUGGGAUGGGUUCUUCAAGCCAAAUGUCAUCAAGGAGGCAAGGCGGCUCACUUCAACACCUGAGUUAAGAAGUUUGGUCCAGUCAGCAGAACGAUCUCCCGGAGAUGAUCAAGAUGAGGCAUCUGGACAGAAGUCUCCCAAAAUCAGUGCCUGUGAUGCAGUGGAGAGACUUGUUGUCUUUCAUAAGUCCUGCUGCAGUUUGGAGGAACAUCUCCAGAGUCAGCUGGGUCGGCAGCCAUACCUCCUUGCUGUUGGGCGUCAGAGGAGCAAGAUUGAAAGCUUCUACAUUGUCAUGGAUAAGAGCCUCAUCCCAUGCCAGGCAAACCGAUCUCUUGGAGCAUUUGAUGAGUUAUUCAAAACACACUUUGUGUUUAAUGUCUCUUAUGAUGCUGCACUGGUGAGUUUUUAUACAUUCAUUCAGACAACAGUGUAUAACAUUGAUGUAGGCAAAAUGAAGGAGUCACCCAGAGUUAGGGACUUGAGAGCGAGGCUGCUUAACCAGCCAGCUGUGCUCUUCUGUGAAUAAGUCAGGCAAAAAAAUAUGUUGACCUGUUUUAUGUGUCAGAAACUGAUUCCAAGCAGUCAGCUGUUGAUUUCACAUUUAAGAGUUGAGCAUAGCUACUAUCCUGGACCAAAGUUUAAAUUAUUUUGCUCUCAGCAAGGCUGCAGGCAUCAGUUCCUGACAUAUGCAGGUUUUCGCAGGCAUCUUAAUAGUGUUCAUAGUGAUGUUCAGCAAGUUUCACAAAGUUCAGCUAUUGCAGGUUCAUCAUCUAGUAAUCCAGUUUUGUCAGGUCAGGCAGAUGCUUUGGACACCCAGGUAAUCCCCGUAGAUAACUUUUGUUCUGAUGACGCUCCUAAUGAGAGUACUUCUCCGAUUUCUAAAGAUCAAACUAAAGAGAUGUGUGCAUCCAUAGUGGCCAAAUUACAGGGCAGUGGGAUCUCUGGUAGUUUGGUUUCCUCAAUUGUGGGGGAUUUAGAAGAACUAACUAGAGAGAUUCAUUUGAAAGCAACACAAGCAGCUGUUUCUGUAUUACCCGUGACUGAUCCCAACAUUUCUGUGAUAAAUGAAUCAUUAGAAAAAUUUGAAAACCCAUUCACAAAUCUUAAUACAGAAUGGAAACGAAACAAAUAUUUCAACCAAAAAUGGGGUGUUGUUGAGCCAAUAGAAAUAACAUUAGGGAUAAGAUAUGACAGCAGGCGAAAUAAAAAAAACUGGUACUUAUGAUCAAAUUCCAGUUAAUGAUUCUUUUGUAUAUGUGCCAAUAUUAGAAACAUUACAGUUCAUGUGCAGAAACCCAGAAAUAUGUGCCUUACUUAAGAGAGAACAUCAAUCUGAGCAGGACACUUAUGCAAACUUCUCUGAUGGAAGCUAUUUUAAAGCACAUCCUCUGUUUUCAGCUAAAAAAGGUGCAUUACAAAUUCAGAUUUUCUAUGAUGAUUUUGAACCAGCCAAUCCCCUAAAGACGGAAUUCACAAAAUUGGUUGUCUUUAUUUUGUUCUAAGAAACCUCCCUCCUAAAUUUAAUUCAGUUUUGAUGAACAUUCAUUUGAUAUCACUAUUUCAUACUCAAGAUCUUCACAAAUAUGGUUUUGAUGCUAUUCUGGAACCUUUGAUGAAUGAUAUAAAAAUUCUGGAAAGCCAAGGGCUUAGUCUUCCAUUUUCUGAUGAGCCAGUAUACGGUACAAUCUCUCAGGUAACUGGAGAUAAUUUAGGGAUGCACACAAUUCUUGGAUUCAAUGAGUCUUUCAGUAGUCGUUACUUUUGUCGGAUGUGUUUAUUAGAAAAAAGUGACUGUCAAUCUGUCUACAGUGAGGAUGAUCCAAAGGUAAUCCUUCGCUCAAAAGAGAUAUUUGAAACGCAUUAUAAAUCUUUACAAGAAAGCCCACAGAUAAAGUCAGC